AUGCUGUUCACGUUGAUACUAAGCGCUCUCGCCGUCAUCGUCUUCUAUCACCUUAUAAGCAGACAUCGGGCCCUUUCGCGGAAUAUUGCACUGGCAAAAAGCUCGGGACUGCCUAUAGUGGUGAUGCCAUGGAAUGUCCUCAGCAUCUUCUGGAUAUCAACCCAUGCUCUAUGGACACCGCUGCUGAAGACGCUCCUCCCGGCUUCCCUACAAGGAUUAUGGAUAGAACUUCUGCAUCCGGAAUGGGGUUAUCGCAGCGGGUACAAGCCAUUCGAGAAGCUCGGCAUGGAUGUCUUUCUUGCCGUCUCUCCCAGAAAAAUACAUGUCUUUGUCGCCGACGCUGAAGCAGUAACCCAAAUAACCACUAGACGGAACGACUUUCCUAAACCGCUUGAGAUGUAUGGUGCGCUCGACAUCUACGGGAAGAAUCUCGUCUCGACAGAAGGCGCAGACUGGCGUAUGCAUCGCAAGCUCGUUGCGCCAAGUUUUGGAGAAAAGAACAACGAGCUUGUGUUUACAGAAUCACUUCAUCAUGCACAAUCGCUACUUGGUCUUUGGACCGGACCGAAUGGAAACGGUAACCAGACUGUAGUGGACCCAUCUCUAGGCGCGAUGCACUUUGCGCUCUAUGUCAUCAGCAGCGCGGGUUUUGAUGUACGCGUCGUUUGGCCGCAUGAAGAGGGAAAUCAGGCCUCUCCGAGAAAGACGGUAGGAAACUCCAUGUUCGUUGGGUCAGAGGUGCCAGCCGGUCACAAGAUGAAUUAUCGCGAAGCCCUCAGCGAGUUACUCCACAACAUUAUGUGGACACAAAUCAUACCACCCAAGUACUUACCGAAAUCUCCAAUCAAGUUUCACCGCACCGUAGGUACGGCAGUGGUCGAAUGGGGCAAGUACAUGGAUGAGCUCUACGACCUCAAGAAGAACCAAGUAGCUUCCGGCGAGAACAAAGAAGGUAUGGAUCUUUUUGAUGCCUUGAUUCGAGGAAGUGGUAUCAUCGACGAAAAGAAGACGAAUGUACAAAAAAGCGAUUUGCUCGGGAAUGCUUUCGUGCUCAUGCUGGCUGGCCAUGAAACUACUGCGAAUACGCUCCAUUACUCAAUGGUCUACCUCGCUAUGAAUUGGUCCUCGCAGAAGCGGCUACAAGAUGACGUUGAUAAGAUCCUAGAAGACAAGCCCAUCAGCGAAUGGAAGUAUGAAGAGCACUUCCCGAAGCUCUUUGGGGGAAUGGCAGCAGCAGUGAUGAACGAGACACUGCGACUCCUACAGCCCAUCGUCAACAUUCCAAAGUCAACCGCACCUAGUCGACCACAGCAGCUCAAUCUCGGCGGACAGCAGCACAUGAUUCCUGGCGGAGCGCACAUUUACCUCAGCGCAGCAAUCCACCGCAAUCCAAAGUACUGGCCAGCACCGCUAAAUGCAUCCAAAUCAGUCGGUGUUCCUGAUGUUGAUCAAUUCAGACCAGAGCGAUGGCUCAUAGAUGCCAAAACCACCGUCCAGUUCGAGGACAUAAAUUACGAUGACGAGGAUCUACGUGGGCCAUCUGGCGAGGACACCUCGGCGCAAUUAUUCAAGCCCACCAAAGGAUCCUACAUCCCCUUCAGCGACGGCUUCCGAUCUUGUAUAGGACGCCGUUUUGCACAAGUAGAGAUCCUCGCCGUCUUAGCAGUCAUUUUUUCACAAUAUAGCGUCGAGCUUGCAGUCGACGAUUAUGCAAGUGAUGAGCAGGUCAAGAACAUGCCGGUGGGUGGUAAGGAACGAAGAGAAGUGUAUAAGAAAGCAGUGGACAGGGCGGACCAUCUACUCAGGCACGAGGUUGGUAGCAUCAUAACGCUUCAACUACGAGGAGUGUCGAUUCCUAUUAGACUGGUCAGACGAGGCGAGGAGAGGUUUGCUUUCGAUUAA